AUGUAUCAGAUACUCCCGCACAGCGUCCCAACACUCAUUUACGACUCGCCUCAAGAUUUUAAUGCUUUAGAUUUUAAGGUUGUUAUAGACCAUGAUGUGUUCGACAUCGUUCCACCCACCCUCGGCAAAUUUAUUAAAUGUUGUUAUGAUCGAAUGGGUUGCCCUGAAGUCACACGCUCAUCUGCAUGGAUGGUUUAUAGGAACUUGCUCUCUGUGCUCCAACUUGCCGACAACGUCCCACCCACGUUAUUACUGAACAAGACCGAGACCAAUGAAGAUGAUGUCUUACCUCUACUUGAGGGUUGUUCGGAUUUACCAUUCUGUGAUGAGCCGAAUGGCCCUUACUACAUGGGUGGUGUGGGAGGAAGAUUGGGCUUAGAUACUUCCCAUCACAACGAGCUGGAUGCUCUAGUUGAUGAUGACGAGCCUGAUAUCCCACAGCAUACUCUUGUUGAACAACCGGGGUUGGUUGUCUGGGAUUUCUCAGAUGACGAGCAUGAUAGUAAUGUACUAGCUGGAGAUGAAUGGUGA